AUGAACGAGUCAUACAUAAAACUAAUCAUAUCAAAUAGUAGUAAUCACAAAAAUAGCGAAGAUGCCUUUAAUUAUAUGUGCCAAGAAAUUUAUAAUAAACCCAAUGAUGAAAUAUCCAAAGAGCCACUUGGUGAAUUACUCUAUAUAGGAAUAUUAAUUCAAAGAAAUGAUAAAACUUGUAAUAAUAUAAAAUAUGUAAAAAAUUGGAUUGAUACUUGUAAAAAUUUAAAUAUCCAUCCUGAUAUCACUUUUAAUGAAAAUAAUUCGGAAAUAUCGACUUUGGCACAUAAAUUCCAACUAUUACAUGAACAUAAUUUGAACGAUGAUUUUAAGGUUGCAUGUAAGAGGUUGAUAAUUAAAAAAAAAACACAAGAUGAAAAAGGUAGCAAUAAAACUGAUUGCAAUAAAACGGAUUGCAAAUUGGAUGCUGAUAAUAAUCAAGACAAAAUACAUGAGUUAGAUCAGGCUAACAAUCCACACACUAAUGAUAUAGAGAUAAAAGAAAAUGCAUCAGGUGAUAUAAAUUUUGUCAAUAUUGAUACUAAUUCAAUCGAAUUAAACCAAAUAGAAGAAAAAAAUAAUAAUAUAUACUUUUUUAUUAACAGUUCAUAUUAUGAUAUAGAAGGAAUAAUAUAUCUUAUAGAAUUUCCUUUAUCAAUUUCUCAAAAAUAUAUUAACAAAAAAUUAAAUUUAAAAAUAAAAAUUAAUGAAAAUAAUAUUAUCGAAAAACAAAAACAUAAUAAUUUUUUAACUGAAAAAAAUGCAAAUGAUUUAAAAAAUAUUUUUAAUUAUCCAUCCCCAUUAUUAAAUAAUAUAAAUUGGUCUUCUACAUUCACAUCCGGAUUUUCACAAGAAAAAAAAAAAUCAAACAAUAAUAAAAACACUAUAGAAGAAUAUAACAAUGAUCAAAAUUAUAAUCAACCAAAUAAUGAUAGUGAUGACGAUGAAGAGAAUGAUAAUGAAAAUAAUUAUAUCGAUACAGAAAAAAAUUUUCCAUUACAUGUUAAUUUACAUAAUAUUUGUAUGUCUUUAGAUAAAUAUGAUGAAUUUAUGCAAAGUUCAAAUAAAAAUAACAAAAGUUAUAAACAAAUAAUUUUACAUAAACCUAUUAUAGUUGUUAAACCAUUAAAUAUAAAAUGCAAAAUAGUAGAUCAUUAUUUAUAUGUGGAAAUUGAAAAUAUUACGAAAAAUCAUAAAAUACAAAUUUUUGAAUUAUUUUCAAAAUCAAUUAAUAUUGAUAAUAAUAUAUUCCCAUUUUCAUUAUUUCCUGAAGAUACCUAUUCAUUUUAUUUUCCGAUUAUAAAUUUUGUAGAGACAAUCACAUUAAAUAGUGUAAAGAUAGACUCAAAAUAUAAUAUAAAAAAAAACUUACGAGAAUAUAACAAUAAAAAUAUGAUUGAUUCACCUGUUCUUUCUUGUAAUGAAGAUGAAAGAAAUAACAUUCAUCAUAAAUAUACUCAACAAAAUAAUAUUAUACAAAAAUAUAAAAAUGGUAAUGAAAUACUAACACUUCGUAUUAAUAAUGAUAAAACUAUUAUUUCAUUAUCUUUAAAAUGGUGUAUUGAUAAUUCAUUAAAUAAUUAUAUAUGGUCACAAUAUUUCUUAGAAGAAGAAAUCCCUUCUCAAAAUUUAUUCGAUUUAGAAGUUUCUUUUGUUAAAGAAAUUAAUUUUUCAUCUAUAUUAAUAGCUAUUUUUAAUUUUUAUAAUAAUUCAUAUGAAGAUAUUGAUUUAACUAUUAAAAUACAAGACCCAACCAAUAAUAUUACAAAUAAAAUACAUUCAUCACUUAUAUCAUUUAAUUCCAUAAUUGAAGUUGGGGUUAUUAAACCUCACCAACGUAAGGCAGUUAGUGUUAAAUUAUUAGCUAUUAUGUUGGGCGCUCAUAAUGUACCCUUUGCAAAAAUAUUCAACAAAUUUAAUGGAAAAUCAUAUUUUGUUGAUCUUGGCUCAAUUAUUGUAACAGAGUAA